AUGCCUAGUCUAGGAGGUCUCUUGAAAAAGAGACGGACGAAGGAUUCGCAGACCCUCAGCAAGGAGCUUGAAGCCGGUUCGUCACCCACCACGGCCCAGACGCAGACGUCACCAAUCGCUGGCGACCAUCAUCACCACCACCAGCCCGCCGCCACCAACAACGCCGGGGCUUCGACCACCGUCAGCUCUUCGCAAUCCCAUCCCUCGGCCACUAAUCACCACCAUCACUCUUCAGGGUCAAAUAAAGCCGCUGAAGGUCAACCAGCCUCCAUGCAAUCCGCUGCGUCGCACGCCUCGCCCUCCCGCCCCGCUUCCGGCCUCCCUCAGCCGUCGCACCAGUCCAAUGCCGCGAGUAUCCAGAACAUAAUCCAUUCGUCCCAGCAGGAUGCCUCGCACGCCGGCUCCGGAAGCAAUGCUAAUUCCCAGCAGACCUCGCGGUCCGACUCUCGCACCACCAAGGGCAAAUAUUCCCUGGAGGACUUUGCCCUCCAGCGCACCCUCGGUACCGGCAGCUUCGGUCGCGUUCACCUGGUGCAGUCGAAGCACAACCACCGCUUCUAUGCGAUCAAGGUCCUGAAGAAGGCCCAGGUCGUCAAGAUGAAGCAGAUUGAGCACACCAACGAUGAACGACGCAUGCUCAACCGAGUCCGACACCCGUUCCUGGUCACUUUGUGGGGUACAUGGCAGGAUGCGCGGAACCUGUACAUGGUGAUGGAUUUCGUCGAGGGAGGAGAGCUGUUCAGUCUCCUCCGCAAAUCUCAGCGAUUUCCCAACCCGGUUGCCAAGUUUUACGCCGCUGAGGUUACCCUCGCCCUAGAGUAUCUGCAUUCUCAGCAGAUUAUCUACCGAGAUUUGAAACCGGAAAACCUGCUCUUGGACCGACACGGUCACUUGAAGAUCACUGACUUUGGCUUCGCCAAGGAGGUUCCGGAUAUUACAUGGACGCUCUGCGGAACGCCCGACUAUCUGGCCCCCGAGGUCGUGUCCUCCAAGGGCUACAACAAAUCAGUGGAUUGGUGGUCGCUCGGAAUCCUGAUCUUUGAAAUGCUGUGUGGGUUCACGCCAUUUUGGGACAGUGGUUCGCCGGUCAAGAUAUAUGAAAACAUUCUCCGGGGCAGAGUAAAAUAUCCGCCCUAUCUUCACCCGGAUGCGGUCGACCUUCUUUCGCAACUGAUUACGGCGGAUCUCACCAAGCGUCUGGGCAACUUGCACGGCGGCUCGGAGGAUGUCAAGAACCACCCGUGGUUCGCCGAAGUCACCUGGGACCGUCUGGCAAGGAAGGACAUCGAUGCCCCCUACGUACCCCCCAUCCGGGGUGGUCAGGGCGACGCCAGUCAGUACGAUCGCUAUCCGGAGGAGACGGAAUCAUAUGGACAGGAAGGUGAAGAUCUUCAUGGUCAUUUGUUCCCCGACUUUUGA